GUGGGCCCUCCUGUCCCCCUGACGGGGAAGACGGGGGCAGCUGGGGUCUUGCCGGAGUUCCCCGUCCCAGCCUCAAAAUGCAGCCCACCGCCACCAUGGCCACUGCCAGCGCCACCACUGCCACGGUCGCCCUGACGUCGUCAUGGGAGAAUGUCACUGGUCGCCCCACGACUGAGCCCGACCCCAUCCUGGACAACUACGUGCUGCUGGUGGUGGUCACGUCGCUGUUUGUUGGAGGCACACUGGUGGUGCUGUCCGGUGUCCUGCUGCUCUGCAAGCGCUGCUGGGAGGUCCACCAACGCUUCAACAGAGCCAUGGAGGAAGCGGAGAAGACCACGACUACCUACCUGGACAACGGUGCCCACCCGGCCCAAGAGCCCGACUUCAGGGCAGAGGACCCCGAAGGCCAGGACACCGAGACCGAGCGCUUCCUGUCCACCAGCGCCAUCGGCCGCCGGGUCUCCUUCAAUGAGGCCGCCCUGUUUGAACAGAGCCGGAAGGCGCCAGACAAGGGCCGCCGGUACACCCUGACAGAGGGGGACUUCCACCACCUGAAGAACGCCCGGCUCACCCACCUGCACUUGCCGCCCCUCAAGAUCGUCACCAUCCAUGAAUGUGGCUCGGGUGAGGCCAGCUCAGCCACCACCCCCCACUUGGCGGCCACCCCCAAAAGCAGCCUCGCCAUCUUCCAGCCCCCGGGGAAGGCCCUCACCGGCCGCUCCGUGGGCCCCAGCUCCGCCCUGCCAGGUGACCCUUACAACUCGGCUGCGGGCGCUUCUGACUUUGCAGAGAUCAGCCCCUCCACAUCCAGUGACUCCGGGGAAGGCACCUCGUUGGACGCAGGUACGCGGAGCACCAAGACCAGCGGGCCUGGGGCUGCAGCAGGGCCUGGGGAGGCAGGCGCGGGCUCAGGGGCGGGCACGGUGCUGCAUUUCUUCACCCGCCUGCGCCGCCAUGCCAGCCUGGACGGGGCCAGCCCCUACUUCAAGGUCAAGAAAUGGAAGCUGGAGCCCAGCCAGCGGGCGGCCAGUCUGGACACGAGAGGUUCCCCCAAGCGGCACCACUUCCAGCGGCAGCGGGCAGCCAGCGAGAGCAUGGAGCAGGAAGACCGGGACACGCCCCCCGCCGACUUCAUCCAGUACAUCGCCAGAGCAGGCGACGCCGCCGUGGCCUUCCCGACCCCCCGCCCCUUUCUGGCCAGCCCCACCAGCCCGCCCCCCGCUCUCGGCAGGUAUUUUUCAGUAGAUAGAGGUGCUAGGGGAGGGCCUGUGGGCCCCUGCCCCGCUGCGUCCCCUCGGGAGCGCUCUCCUGGCCCUGUGGACAUGCGCAGGGCCCCUCCCAGAGGCUGAAUCGCUGGGACCGCCUCUCCAGCAUGGACCGGAGCAGGGAAGCAGGGAGAGACUGGGUAA